CUCCAAACCCAAUUGCAGUUGCACCUCUUAAACCCUAGCCACUUCCAAAGAAACCUCACCCCUAAAACCCUAGCCUCCUGCCAUGGCCAUCGACCCCAAAAGUGUGGAAUCAGACAGGGUUUUGAUCCUCGACUACGGUUCCCAGUAUACCCAUCUCAUCACUCGCCGUAUCCGAUUUCUUGAUGUUUUUUCCCUAUGCCUUUCCGGAACCAGCUCUCUCAAGACCAUUGCUGACUACAAGCCUCGAGUCGUCAUCCUAUCCGGCGGUCCUCAUUCCGUACACACUCCUGGCUCCCCGAGCUUCCCUGACGGCUUCAUUGAAUGGGCCGAGUCCAAUGGCGUGUUCGUGCUCGGAAUCUGCUAUGGUCUCCAGUUAAUAGUUCAGAAACUGGGUGGGAUAGUCAGGGUUGGGGAGAAACAAGAGUAUGGGAGGAUGGAAAUUGAGGUGACCAAGGCUUCGGGGCUUUAUGGCUCGAAGAAUUGCGGCGAUUCUCAGACUGUUUGGAUGAGCCAUGGCGAUGAGGCCGCCAAGCUGCCUGAAGGGUUUGAGGUGGUGGCCCGGAGCAAGCAGGGGGUCGUGGCCGCUAUUCAGAAUCAGUUGAGAAGAUUUUAUGGCCUUCAGUAUCAUCCGGAGGUCACGCAUUCACCAGAAGGAAUGGAAACACUUCGUUACUUUCUCUUCGAUGUUUGUGGAGUCAAGGCUGGCUGGAAAAUGGAAAAUGUGUUGGAUGAAGAGAUCAAAGUGAUUAAUCAGACAGUGGCACCUGAUGAGCAUGUAAUAUGUGCCUUAUCUGGUGGUGUCGAUUCGACAGUUGCUGCCACUCUUGUUCACAAGGCAAUUGGAGAUAGACUUCAUUGUAUCUUUGUUGAUAAUGGUUUGUUGAGGUAUAAGGAAAGGGAACGUGUAAUGGAAACCUUUGAAAGGGAUCUUCAUUUACCUGUUACUUGUGUAAAUGCAACGGAACAAUUUCUUAGAGAACUAAAAGGUGUGGAUGAUCCAGAGAAGAAAAGAAAAAUAAUUGGGAAGGAAUUUAUAUGUAUCUUUGAUGAUUUUGCCCAGGAGUUAGAGCAGAAAUUAGGGAAAAGACCUGCCUACUUGGUUCAAGGAACCUUAUACCCUGAUGUGAUUGAAUCUUGUCCACCACCUGGAUCUGGCAGAAGUCACUCUCACACAAUCAAGAGUCAUCACAAUGUUGGGGGACUUCCGAAGGACAUGAAAUUGAAGCUAAUUGAACCACUCAAGCUUCUGUUCAAGGAUGAGGUUCGCCGGUUAGGAAAGAUAUUGAAUGUUCCAGAAGGAUUUCUGAAGCGUCACCCAUUUCCUGGACCUGGUCUUGCCGUACGUGUCAUUGGGGAUGUCACGCUGGAGAAUUACCUAGAUACACUCCGCCUGGUUGAUGAGAUUUUCAUCCAGUCAAUCAAGGAUGCCGGGCUUUAUGAUGUCAUCUGGCAAGCUUUCGCUGUGUUUUUACCUGUAAGAACUGUUGGUGUUCAAGGUGACCAAAGAACACACGGUCAUGCAGUUGCCCUUAGAGCUGUUACAAGUGAAGACGGAAUGACAGCAGACUGGUACCCUUUUGACGGUAAAUUUUUGGCCGAAGUGUCACAAAAGAUCUGCAACAGUGUUCGAGGCAUAAACCGAGUCAGUUACGACAUUACAUCUAAGCCUCCAUCAACAAUUGAGUGGGAAUGAGGCAGUGAAGAUGUUAUUUUUCAUCAUAUUGGAAGAAUAACAAACAUUAAUUUUGUAUACAAGCUCAAGGUUGCAGUCAUUCAAAUUCACUUAGUGAUAUUCUUUAAAUGGGGUAUUGUGGCAAACUUGGUUCUCAUAUUUAUGAUGAGUUUCCCAUAAUUUUACUGUCUUCUUCACAAA